UUGUACAUUAAAGCACCAAUGAUAUAUAGCACAGUAGAAGUGCUCGUCUUUGACAUGUAUUACUUUUUCAAAUUGUUACUUUGUCUUGGUCGAUGACGAGAAACGAGAUACUUUUCAGAUAAAUCUUUCCGUUGUAAUUAUGUCGACUUUAAUUAUAAUAGACGGUUCAAGGUACAUAACCUACUUAUGGUUUAACUUUACAAUUUUUUUAAAAUAAAGAUAAUAUUGUUUUUAUCAUUAGGUUCUACUUAAUGAAUUCGAACCAAAAUGAGAUGGAAACCAACAAUCAGUCUAUGUUUAAAACAAAAACACAUCCAUCACUCAUCACCAUCAAAAGUAGCAUUCAAGUUCUUACUCUGUCUCUCAUACCAAUACUAAUCCGAUUAUUGACCGUAGUUUUGGUUAGUUGCUUAGGUUACCUUUUCCAACCUUGUUUUUGUGUUUUACCUAAAGCUUAAAACUUCGAUAUACCCGACCAAAGAGAACAAGAAAAAUUGCUUCCGCCAAACGAACAAGAAAAAACAUCGAAAGGGAAAGACUUCGGCAAGAUCAUUCCCACGAAAUGCUCAAUCGGAGCAUACAUUAUAAUAUCUUCAUUCGUUGUACAAUUUGGUAAAAAGGAGAAAAAAAAACAACUUGGCAAGUUUAAAGAAACAAGAUCAAGAUGUUCCUUGUUUCGUCUGUUGCGCAAUUUUGCCGGUUUUUCAGAUCCACCGCGGUCUUCGAAACCACCGCUGAAAUAUUCUGCCUUCCCUUUCCGACGGUGAACCCAACUAAGAUUGACGAAGCUCUUAUACGUUUCUUAAGUGACCAUUUAGAGUACUGCUCUUAUCCUACUCUCACAGUGACAUCAUCGAAAGAUUAUCGCCGGCGACAGUGACAAAAUUGACCAGCCUAGAUUUCACCUCCGGUCAAAUUUCAUCGAUAAGAUUUGGUUGCCAAUUCUGCAACCGUUCGAUGCCAACAAGCCCAAUCAUUUUCGUCUCCUCCGCCGCGCUUCCUCUAUAUCUUCCCCCUCGCCAUUCCUAAUUGCUUCAUCACCAAAUCACAUUUGUUUCGCACAUCACAUUUGUGCAACGUAACAAAUUAAGAUCAAUCCCACCCCACCGUCAAAUUCACUUUGAAAGCUAGAAUGGGCUCCGUCCCUUCUCCGAUGCGUCCUUUGUCGCGGUCUCGCCGGGUGGCGGCGGCGCCCUCUCAGCCGCCGCCGUCGGACCACCGCAUCUACGCCUCGUUCUGCAACGACACAACCUCCAAUUGGGUCGAGUAUUACGACCCGUCAAGCAACGGGUUUACCCAUGUGGGCUCGAUACCCGGAUUGGGCCCAAACUGCGUACUCAAGGACUUUGCCAUGGUCUCGUUGGGAGAGUCCAUUUACUUCAUCGGCGGGCGUGUGGUCCGCAAGGAGAGGCCCACGGCCCGCUUGGAGGAUGGACUGGACGAUGAAGAAUUUGUCGAGGUGGACCUCGAGGUCCGGUCGACCGUCCUGCGGUACGACGUGGGGCGCGACAUGUGGGCCCAGUGCGGGCCCUUGUCCCAACCACGUUGCUGCUUCGCGUGCACAGUGUGCGACGGCAGGAUCUACGUGGCUGGCGGGAGGUUCGACGUGGCCGGCACACACGGGGUGUCGUCGGGCGAGGUGUACGAUCCGGUGUGCGACGAGUGGAAUCCGCUGCCUGACAUGAGCGUGUUGAGGUACAAGUGCGCAGGAGUGACGUGGCAAGGGAAGAUCUAUGUGAUCGGUGGGUUCGCCUCUCGUGGAGGAGAUCGGCAUAAUAACGGUAAGGUGACAGAGUCGUUCAUCUUGGAGCGGAGCUCGGCCGAGGUGUACGACACGAGGACGGGCAAGUGGCAUGUGGUGGUGGGGAUGUGGCAGCUGGACGUGCCGCCUAACCAGAUCGUGGCGGUCAACGAGACGUUGUUCAGCUCUGGUGACUGUUUGAAACCGUGGAAGGGACACAUCGAAUCGUACGAUGGAGACAUGAACAUGUGGAAUGUUAUGGAUAAGUCGCACCUGCGAACUUGCAAUCCCCUUACUCAACGGGUAUAUCUCACUAUGGCGCCUAUUGGAUCUCGACUCUAUUUCUUGGGAGGGUAUCGGACGGCUGCGGAGCCAUCUCUUAUAAGAUCUAAAGUUUACAUGUUCGACACGUCAGUCGCGAGCUGUGAAUGGAUGAGUUUGGAGCCUAGUGAAGAAGAACAGAAGAAAGAGCUAUGUAGUCAUUGUUGUGUGGUUCGGAUUUCUUAGAAGAAAUCUUGAAUCCUUUGUAUUAUUGUCAAUCGGUUCGAACUAUGAUUGGUUCCGCAAUUUACAUAUGUAUCUCGAAAUAUAAACGACAAUGUUAUGUGGUUUUUCUUCUUCAUUUCCAGUACGAACAAACUAAGAGCUAUAGAUCUUGCUUUCCUCUAUCAAUACAAUAACAAAGGCAAGUUUUUGCAUAUGCUUUUGUGUAGACAUUUGGAAUCCGAUUUCCGCUUUCAACGUUAGCAUGUAGCUACAAAUUUAGUGAAUUGAUGUUCCCUUUGAUUUUCUUUUUCAUAUUGUUGAUCCUCCCAAGAUGAGUCUUGUUUGAUCGCAAUCCUAAUGAUCAUGUUUAGUUAGUCCCCGACACAAUGGAUUGAAACUUGCAAUGAUGAUGUUUUCUGGUCUAAGUGUAGAAUAGAGUUAGACUUUAAUUGAGUUGAGUUAGUAAUAGUAUAGGAUGUGACCCACUAAUAUAAUUGAACACACUUUGCAAAAUUAGAAAUGACAAUGUCCCGACUCAUUAUGUAAUUUAACUCUCAUUUGGGCCGGAUCCAAAUAGUUUACUUGGUUCGAGAUUAUUGUACACAGACGGACAAUAUUGACGGCUUAUUAACUACCUUUGACCUAAUCACACCUAUAAUAUUGGUUGUUGGCCUCAAGGAUCGAACCCAUGUUGUGAUGAAUGUUAUCAUCCCCACAUUAACACUAGAGCAGUCCAUUCGGGUUAUAUCCGUUUUAUUUUGGUAUCCAAUAGUAUGAGUCCAAUUUAAACCCAAACUAAAAAGUUAGUCAUUUAUCCGGCCAAAAGUAAAAUUACACAAAUCCAAUUUGAUCCAUAAUAAGUUGAGUUUGGGCAAUACCCAAAUAUUGAGUUCUUUUUGCCAUCUGGAUGCAAAAUCCUAACCCAUGAGAUCAUUGUCUAAGAGAGAACUUAAUUUAGCGACUUAUUCCAAAAGGCGUGAAUGCAUAUAAACAACAUCUUCUUGAUUAACUUCAUGAUGGAGUGGUACAAUUCCCUUAGACACCCACUCAAAUCAUAUCUAAUCCGUGGAUUUAAAGUUUGUGCAUGCCUGUUAUAUAUUGUGUUUAAAUUAAUUGCUAUUAUUUAUGACCAUGCGUUUCAAACACAAUAUAUUGAUCAUUACAAACUUUCACACAUAGCCAACUUGUCCACAAAUUAAAUCGCCAUUGUCCUCUUAAGAUACUUCGUUGCAUAUAUAUCUUGAAGAUCUUCAUCUUCAAUUGCAGAAAUGUUAGGAAUAGUUCUAUUCUAGUCCUAGACGUGCAAUGAUAAUGAGGGCCUUUUUCCUUUUGGUCGAGUUCCCAUUUCCCAAAGGCCGAAAAACAAAAGCCCAAAAAUCAGUGUGAGCACAACACCAUCUUCUUCAAGAAGACAGGAGCCCAGGACACACAAAAACAAUCCCAAUCUGGCCUACUUAAUUUCUAUCACUCAUUCUCUUUUUAUCAUGUAAAAGGUCUAUUCUCCAAGUGCAAGGUGGGACGAUAAAGAGGAAAAUGUUGGACCUAAGAAAGAACAGUAGGGUUACUUAUUGUUGAAGGGGUGACAAGUAGGGUUACCAACAGGCAACAACAUUUUAGUAAGUCUAGUGUUUGAAUCGUAAGUUUGAUUUUCUUUGUCCCGUCAAGAUGGUAAUUGCUCGUGACAAACCGGGUUUUGUGGUGUCACAAUAUACCAAGACACGAGCAAACCUCGUAUACCGUGACUCUUAUAUAUAAUUUAGAAGAAGAAGAAAGUAAGAGGGUGACGUAAUAAAUGUCUGACCAUAUAAGAAAACAAUUUAGAUGUC